AUGUCCGUGAUGGAUAAUGAAAACAGCAGCAACUCGUCUUGGGAGGUCGUGGACAGCUUCUGGCGUUCCCAUGGACAGCUUCCGCAACUUCCGACCGAUGAGCGCCUGGCUAGCCUGGAUCACAACAUACUGCGCAAACUUGCCGUACAGCUGAACGAGCUGCAGGUGUACCGUAAUCAACGGGUGCCGCUACUGCUUUUGCCCGAAGAGAUCCUGCUCGAGAUUAUGUUCAUCCUGCGCGACGUUGCCCCGAUCAUAAUCGACACCGAACGAGGAUGGACCCGUGUACCCCUAAGCCCGUCCCUCGCAUGGCUGUCGAUUAUACAGACCUGUCACCACCUACGCGCUAUAGCGCUCAGAUCCAAGGCACUUUGGUCGCAUCUCUCGGAUUUGACCAUGCUACCCUCGCACGUAGCUCUAGGGCUGGCGCAUUCCGGAAAGACGCCACUUCACCUGCACCUGGCCGGCUAUCUCGUGGAUGAGCCUCGCAUCCGUUCUCUACUUGCUCCUCGGACGGCACGGCGCGUGAGAAGCCUCGUCCUUGAGCUAUCCGAGUCUGACGUUGAUGAUUGGAAUACGGACGAAGUCGAGCAGAUGGAUGACCUCGUCUUGAAGAGGCUCAGGCGCUUCAAGCAACUCGCCUCCCUUACCCUUGUAGCUCACCGAGAUGAUGCGAUAGGCCUCGUACGAGGUCCAAAGCCCGAACAAGUACCGCCCAAAUUGGAUACCCUUCACCUCAACGGUGCCGCUUUCCUCUGGAAGAAUGCGAUCUACAACGAUCUCCGCACUCUGCGGCUUAUCAGGCUCGGCGAGGAGAACAGUCCGCGGAUACAGGAGCUCAGCGCGCUCUUCCGCCGCAUUAGCCGCAUCGAAACGCUGGACUUCGAUCGGACGGACGUUUGCGAAGACGAUACGGGUAUCACCGAGACCUUACCUGAGACGUGGCCGCACAGUAUGCGUGAAGCGCUACAGCCGCCGUCAACGCUCAAGCACUGGAGCGCUACGAUGCCGGUCUCGAACAACGUGCCAUUUGCGAUGCUGCCGCCUGCGCCCACACAAGACCUGCGCUUCACGCUACAUUCGCAUGCCCCUCCACAAGAGGCAGAGUUUAUCUACGACAAUUUCCUCUCGCGACAUCUCGCAUCGCCUGCUCUCCGCCCGAGGGCAAUUGCUAUCACUUUGCGCGACGGUCCCGUCUCCAUGGACGCCACCAUUCGUUUCUGGAGAUGCACAGACACGAGCAAGCCGGCGAACGUUGAGCUCCACCGUGCAGUGGACGACUCGGCAUAUGUCGAUCCGAGACGUCUGGUCAACGGCGCGGACCUCUCAUAUGUCGAGACCCUUGUUCUCGACGUCGCUAGCGGCGUCUGCUUUAACUGGUGGUUGUUCUUCACGAGCCUUCAGAAGCUGCGAACAUUGCGCCUCGCGGUCGAUCUCCUUGGCGAGCUCCUGUACACGAUUGGGAAACGCCGGAUUUUUGCCCCCGCGUCUAUGGAGGGAACGUGCAGUAUCGCGGCGCCAGUUGAUGGUGCGCUCCAGGAAGUAGAAGUCUUCGUCAGCGAUGCCGAGCCGAAGUACCCUUCCCAUCGCGCGAGUCUUAAAGACCUGAUACAAUGGAUGAAGGAACGUCUUGGGACUGGACUGAGCGUGCAGCUUCCGCCUACUAUGGGGGCUUGGAGAGUUUACGAGGCUGCGCUCUUCGAAUGGUCCAGGUUGGACGUUCACGAACGAUUAUUCCGUAAGUAUGUGGCCGACUAUGGCGGACAGCUUAGGACAUGGAUGCCGCGAGGGAGAUUUCUAACGUAUCGCCCGUGA